CGUAUUAAAUUGAGCUCUAAUCCCUUCCUCCGAAUCCAAUUGAAACUGAGAGAGAGUUUGGUUUCCCACAGAAGAAGCCAUGUUCAACACCCAAUCCUUCAUCUCUUUCACCCUCAUUUAACAACACGAUCCAUUUUCCGUUUGUUUCUCGGGAAAAUUCAAACUCCACAAAACACGAAAACUCAUCUCAUCUCCAUCUUCAUCGUCAAUCCAAUCACCCUCCCAUGGCUGCAGCAAAACCCCAACGCACCCCACAGGAAGUGGAGGACAUCAUCAUCCGCAAAAUCUUCCUCGUCACCAUCACCGAACCCGACGCCACCGCCACCACCGACUCCAGAAUCGUCUACAUGGAGCAAACCGCGGCGGAGUUUCUCAGCGAGGGGAAGGACCUUCGCCUCUCGCGCGACACCAUGGAGAGGAUCCUCAUCGAUCGCCUCUCCGGCGACGCCGACGAAUCGCCGUUCCACUACCUCUUCGGCUGCUACCAGCGCGCCUACGACGAGGCUAAGAAGAUCGCCGGCAUGAAGGACAAGGAACUCAGGGCGGAAAUGGAGGUUGUUGUCAGGCAGGCGAAGAAGCUCUCUGUCUCCUACUGCAGGAUUCAUCUCGCGAACCCUGAGCUCUUCCCGAGCCGGAGCACUGCUAACGACGCUGGACACUCGCCGCUGCUGCCGCUGGUCCUCGCGGAGGUUGGUGGUGGGGGAAUCGGAGGGUUUGGCGGAGGUGGUGGUGGAGUGAAGAGCCCACCGGGGUUUUUGGAGGAGCUGUUUAGGGAUGCUGAUUUUGAUAGUUUGGACAGAAUAUUGAAAGGGUUGUAUGAAGAGUUGAGGGGGAGUGUGAUGAAGGUUUCUGCUCUUGGAAACUUUCAGGAUUCUCUGAGGGCUUUGUUGUUUUUAGUCAGGUUCCCUGCUGGUGCAAAGUCUCUUGUGAGCCAUCAAUGGUGGAUUCCCAAAGGGGUUUACAUGAAUGGUCGCGCCAUCGAAAUGACCAGCAUUUUGGGGCCAUUCUUCCAUGUCAGUGCUCUCCCUGAUCAAACCUUUUUCAGGAGCCUGCCUGAUGUUGGACAGCAGUGUUUUUCUGAUUCAUCAACUCGGCGACAAGCUGAUUUAGUAUCCUCGUUUUCCACUAUCAAAAAUGUCAUGAAUAACUUGUAUGGUGGCCUAUCUGAAGUACUUCUCGUCCUCCUCAAAAGUUCAGAUACUCGAGAAAAUGUACUUGAGUAUCUUGCAGAGGUGAUCAAUAUAAAUGCAUCCAGGGCUCAUAUACAGGUUGACCCUAUUACUUGUGCAAGUUCUGGCAUGUUUGUAAAUCUCAGUGCUGUCAUGCUUCGUCUCUGUGAACCUUUUUUAGAUGCUAAUUUAACAAAAAGGGAUAAAAUAGAUCCGAAUUAUGUACACUACUCAAAUCGUUUAAAGCUAAGUGGGUUGACUGCUCUUCAUGCAUCAUCAGAAGAAAUUACUGAAUGGCUUAAUAGUAAAAACCCAUCUAAGGCUGGGGGAAUCGAUCAAUGUAAUGAUGAUAAAAAACGCUUGCAACAAUCUCAAGAGGCCAGUAGUUCUGGUAGUAAUAAUGCUGGUGGGCUUUCAAAAGAAAAUUCUGCACGUGGUCAAAAGUCGAAAUAUUCAUUUAUUUGCGAAUGCUUCUUUAUGACGGCAAGAGUGCUCAACCUAGGCCUUUUAAAAGCAUUUUCUGACUUCAAACACUUAGUUCAGGAUAUUUCUAGAAGUGAAGAUGCUCUUUCCACACUUAAAGGCAUGCAGGGGCACUCACCCUCUCCUCAGUUGGAAUUGGAUAUAUCUCGACUUGAGAAGGAACUGGAGUUGUACUCGCAGGAAAAGCUUUGUUAUGAAGCUCAGAUAUUGAGGGAUAACACGCUUAUUCAGAAUGCUCUUACGUUCUACCGCUUGAUGAUCGUUUGGUUGGUUGGCUUGGUUGGUGGAUUCAAGAUGCCUCUACCACAGACAUGCCCAAUGGAAUUUGCUACCAUGCCUGAGCAUUUUGUAGAAGAUGCCAUGGAACUUUUAAUAUUUGCUUCCCGGAUUCCUAGGGCCUUAGAGGGAGUCGUACUGGAUGAGUUUAUGAACUUUAUAAUUAUGUUCAUGGCCAGCCCUGAUUUUAUCAAAAACCCAUAUCUGAGAGCAAAGAUGGUUGAAGUCUUGAAUUGCUGGAUGCCCCGUACAAGUGGCUCAUCUGCUACAGCUACUCUAUUUGAAGGACACCAACUGUCUCUUGAGUAUCUUGUGAGGAAUCUUCUGAAACUUUAUGUUGACAUUGAGUUUACCGGUUCUCACACACAGUUCUAUGACAAAUUUAACAUCCGUCAUAAUAUUGCUGAACUCCUUGAAUACCUAUGGAAGGUCCCUAGUCAUCGUAAUGCUUGGAGACAGAUCGCUAAAGAGGAGGAAAAGGGUGUCUAUUUGAAUUUCUUGAACUUUCUGAUUAAUGAUAGUAUAUAUCUUCUUGAUGAAAGUCUGAACAAAAUUCUUGAGCUAAAAGAAUUGGAAGCUGAGAUGUCAAAUACAGCUGAGUGGGAAAGACGGCCAGUUCAGGAGAGGCAGGAGAGGACCCGGUUAUUCCAUUCUCAAGAAAAUAUUAUUCGAAUAGAUAUGAAGUUGGCAAAUGAAGAUGUUAGUAUGCUUGCAUUUACUUCAGAACAGAUUACUGUUCCAUUCCUACUUCCAGAGAUGGUGGAAAGAGUGGCUAGUAUGCUGAAUUACUUUCUGCUGCAAUUGGUGGGUCCCCAAAGAAAAUCGCUUAGUCUGAAAGAUCCUGAGAAAUAUGAAUUCCGUCCAAAGGAUUUGCUAAAACAGAUUGUGCACAUAUAUAUUCACCUGGCUAGAGGUGACACAAAUGCUAUCUUCCCAGCUGCAAUCUCCAAAGAUGGUAGAUCAUACAAUGACCAGUUGUUUAGUGCUGGUGCAGAUGUCCUACGUAGAAUUGGUGAGGAUCCGAAAGUCAUACAGGAGUUUAUUCAACUAGGUGCUAAAGCAAAAGUUGCUGCUUCAGAAGCCAUGGAUGCCGAAGCUACUCUGGGAGAAAUACCAGAUGAAUUCCUUGAUCCGAUUCAAUACACUUUGAUGAAGGAUCCAGUUAUCUUGCCUUCUUCAAGGAUCACGGUUGAUCGUCCUGUCAUUCAGAGACAUCUUCUUAGUGAUGCUUCUGACCCAUUCAACCGUUCUCAUCUUACUGCGGAUAUGCUGAUUCCUGAUGUUGAACUAAAAGCACGAAUUGAGGAGUUUGUCAGGUCUCAGGAAAUGAAGAAACACGGUGAAGGGCUAAGCAUACAGAGUAGUAGCAAGGCCACCAUUCAGACCACAAAUGGGGAAAAAAUGUUGAUUGAUUAGGAAAAUGUCACGAGUCUCAUAACUUAUCAAAUGAUUAUGGAUUUGUGCAAUGGGCAUGAAGUGAUGUGAAGCUUUAUUUUGUUUAAUCUUAUUUUAUUUUUAAUUUAUAAUGAUUAGAUGUUUAAGGCUGUAAAGAUAUUUGGAUCGGUUAAUGAAUUGAAGUCAUAAGAUUGUAUAGUACGAUAUAUAUUAUAUUAUUCUAUACAAGUCGUCUGCUUUUAUGUAGGA